CCACUGAUUGUUUACAAGCUACAGCUGUAAAGUAAAUAUUGUCAAGUGAUAACACCUCUGAGGAGCCUGUCAUCACAAGACAACAGUUAGAGCAGAGAGGACAAUAAGUUGCAGGAAGAGUCAUACAAGUGAAGCUGUGCUGAUCAUGAGCCUUUGAGAAUGCCGUCUCAUUUUCAACAGUACAAGAACAUUUCACAUCCAGACAACAGUUUGCAUAUCUUUAGAGAAGUUUAUAUCAGUCACAAGAUGUAGCAAGAUCCUCACAUGAAAAAAGAUUUCUUCACACUGUAUUGAAGAUCAAUAAUGAUUGUGUGAGGAAAAUGUAAGUUAUUUUUUAGUAGUAAAAUGUAGUUUUAGAAAGCAGGUACAGUUCUGUAUAUUGCAGCAUUAGCAUGACUAAUCCUGUUGACUACCAAUAUUCAAAACACUGCAGCGUCUGUGGCUUGCAAUUUCAGACAGAAACCGAAUUAAACCUGCACAUGCUGUCUCACAUAAGUCAACAAGGCCAUCAAUCCCAACAGAUCUCUUGCAGUGAAUUUCAAUCUCAAGAUAUGUAUGGGGAAACUCACAUAUUGGAUAAGUCCCCCCUAUCCUUCAGCUCUAUUGAGAAAGUGCACCAUAGUAUUCCUUCUUCACCAUGCGGCUCCUGUCAACAAGGUAGGUCAUCAUCACUUCAACAGGAUAGGUCUCCAGUCUCUUCUUUGUUUCUUCAAGAUCAUAAAUCUGAUACUUACCAUGAAAGAUACUCUUGCCAAGCUACACACCCUGAUCAAUCAGUGGAAGAAAAACCAACUCAUGAGAAGACUUCACCCAAUAUUUCAUUUAAUAAUAAUGAAGGUCACAAGAGUUCUAACCAUAUAGUAAAGGGUAAAAUGCCUGGAGUUGGAGGCAAUUACAAAAAAGCUUCCUCUUCCAGUUAUUAUAAUGCUCCUACAGGAACAGAACAUGAACUAAAAAACUACAGAAUUUCCUCUAAGAGAAAUUCCUGUGUGGUACCUUCUUCACAUGUCCAUAAAGGCAGAAAUUUGUCUUAUGUUGAUGAACUUAAUGGUUUGCAAAAACAAGUGCAUCAUGAGUUUAUUCCAGAUAAACAGGUUGAAGGUGAAAUGAAAAUGGGUCAUCACCUUUGCCUUACAUAUGGGACUAAAGUUGUUGGUACUGGAAGUAAGCAAUAUAAUAAUGAGGUGGAGCAGAAUCAAUUACAUUUAUGUAUGCCCUUAGAGAAAGAAGUUCCAUGUGCAGAUGUGCCUGAAAUACAAGCAGUCCAGGAAUGUUCUGGUAACCAUCAAGAUAAUGAGAACCAACAUGCACAUCAGUUGCAAAAAGGGAAUGUACUUCUUGAGCAACACAGCCCACAAAACUUUCAACCAGCAAUGGAACAACUGGUUGACAAAGUUAGAGUCACACAACAAAAUGAAAAACCACAUAAAAAUUUGAAACUUAGAAAUUUUAGGAAAGACCUAUUGACAAACACCAAUUUACUGGACCCACAGAAAAAUGAGUUGGAUAAUAAUUUGGAUACUAAUCGGAAGAAACAACUACCGGUAUACAACAGCACAGAAGGGAAUUUGAGAUCAGUGAACAGUAAAGAUCAAAGACAAAAAUCCCAUCUUAGAAACUCUGUCUCCUUGCCAAGACGAGAUCAGAAAAACAAGGAAGGAGGGGAAGAACAUAAUAUUAAGGUAGUUGAUGACACAAAGAGGAGAGAAGAGGAUUUAAAAACUUGUUCUGCAAAGCAGUCAAAUCCCAAUGGUCAUCUUCUUACUACUGCAAAUUUUAUCCAAGAAUCUAUUUUUAUCCCUGAUAAACCAAAGAUUAAGAAAACUAGAGGACCCUAUAAGAAAAUGACCAAAGUUAAUUAUGAUCCCACUAGUAAUCCAGAAAAACCUUAUUUUUGUGAUGAAUGUAACAAGAGGUUCAAGCUACGUGACAGCCUCAGAGCUCAUCAAAAACAAGGUCACUCGGAAGAGAGACCGUGGAAGUGCGAACAAUGUGGUGCCUCAUUUAAAAAGAAAGGCACUCUUACAGCCCAUUAUGAAGUUCACACAAACAUACGUCCACAUAAGUGUGAGUCUUGUCCUGCUACAUUCAGAAGACAAACGGAGCUUAAUAUUCAUUAUAUCAAGCACACCAACAUCAAGCCAUAUGAAUGUGAUCUGUGUGGUGCUGCUUUUGCCUGGAAAAAUAGUUUGAAACACCAUAUGAAAACCCACUCCUCUGAAAAGCCUUAUGAAUGUGAAAUUUGUGGAGCAUCAUUCAAAUGGCCAGAUUCAUUAAAGUUACACAUAACCACCCAUUCAUCAGUUAAAGAAUUUGGAUGUGAUAUUUGCAAUGCCAGAUUCAAAUGGAAACGAAGCUUAAGGACUCACAAGUUAACUCAUGCUGCCGUAAAGCCAUUUAUCUGUGACUUGUGCGGUUCUCAGUUUGUACAACGAGCUAAAUUAAAAUUACACAUGGCUGUUCAUACCAAUGAUAAGCCUUUUAAGUGUGAGUGCUGUGAGAUGGCUUUUGCCCGCAAAGAUCGCCUCAAUGCUCACAAGAAAGUACAUUCUGUGCAUAAACCGUAUAAGUGUCAUUUAUGUAAUUCUGCAUUCAGGUCAGACUAUGGCUUAAAAAAGCAUUUUAGUAUUCACAAAAAAGCUGAGCAACUUCCUUGUUCCCACUGUGGUAAAACUUUUAUUUGUAUUCGAGAGGUAAGGAAGCACGAAAAAACUCACACAAACCCCAUUACAUUCGAUUGUGAAGCAUGCAAUAUGUCCUUUACAUUAAAGAAAGAAUUAAACAAACAUAACAAAAAUACACACAAAAUUAUGGUAAAAAAUUUACGAAAGAAAAAAAGAAAAAGACGGUAUGUUGUUUUAGAAUCAUCAUCAGAGGAGCCUGAGAUGAUAUGUAUUGAACCACGAGUUGAAGAUAUGAUGGAAAUGAAUGAGAGAGAUGAGGGAAUAGGUGAGGGAGAAGAGGAAGUUGUAAAUGAGAGGGACGAUGUUGGCAAAAGAGAAAUAUACUUGGAAAAUGAUAAUCAUCAAGGGGAUGAGGGAGGGAAUAUAGCAGUAGACAAGCAAGUCAGUGUGCAAAACCUCUAUACCAUUGAUGUAAAGAAAGAGGUUAUUGAGAAACCCCAGGAUACUGAGGCAGAAAGACAUAUCAAAGAGGAGAAUCUUACUGAUGAGGACAAGAAUCAUCUCCCUGUCUAAGAACAAAGUGAUAAUUAUGCUUUAAGAUUUUGAAUUUUUCUAAUGAAACUUAAGAUGUAUAACUACAUUGUUUCCACAAUUGUGGAUACAAUAGACUAGUAUUUCAGUCCCCAUUAUAUACAGGUAAUACUAAUAGAUUGGAUUACCGAUGACUACAGGAUCUAUAUCUAAAGACAUGAUAAAAAAAAAGAAGGAAAUUUUGAUGAUUAGAAAAAUGAGAAAAUGUCAUAUCUGGAUUAAACUUGCAUGCAGAAAUUGUGUUGCAUUGUACAGUAAUUAGAAUUGUUUAUGAGUAAACAAUGAGUUAAAGACAGGCUAGAAUAGUUUUCUAACAACUACCAUGGGGGGGACUCAUGAAAGAAUUCUUAUGUUGGAAAAUAUAGCUCCAGUGUUAUCCUUUUGUGGAAUUAAUCUCAAGAUUAUAAGAUUAAACUUGUGAUCAAUGUUGUGAAGAUAAUUUUAUAUUACAUUUUAUCUAUAUGCUGUACACUUGUUACUGUCACUGUGGAAUACUUUGAUAUUUUGGGGGUCUCUUGUAAUUAACCCAGGUAUCAAAUAUAAUGGUACAAAAGCUAGUUGAAUAUAUUGAAGAAUGUUAAGUGCUGUAUGUGUGUGUUUCUAGAUUAUACAUAGAAUACUGUAGAAGGUGCUCAGCUCCUGUAUGUAAAUGGAGCACAAGUCAGUGUAGUUUUUAAGAAUUUCCUGAAUAGGAAUACUAGAUGUUUUUAAUAUUAAUUACGGCAAAUGUCAGUUUAAUUACUGUCUUCAAAACCGAGGAAAUGCUUCUGACGUGCCUCUUGUGGUGGGGCAGAAGAUGGUGCAUGACUGUCUCCUCGGGACCUAGGCAUGUGCAGGCAUGAUUUGUUGAAGGGAUGUGAGUUGGUGUACAGGUGCUUGGAUUUCAGAUAGGCCACCAGACUGUAUCCUAAUGAUAUCAAAUGUCAGGCCUGUCUCCAGGAGAAGGGAUAUUUGGUCAUGAAGGGAAUGUGUUGGUGAUGGCUGGGGAUCUGUAGGAGAAGGCUUCAGGACAUGCAAGGAUAUAUAGUAUGUACAAAUGCAGCGACCUUAUCAUUGUCAAGAGGGAUUAGGGGUAAUUGGUGAUAGUAAAAUGUAUGUCAUACCUGAUUGACUUUUUGAAGAGUAAUUGAUACUGUUUUGAAAGUAUUUGAUUGUCAUGAUAGGGUAGCACCUUCCAGAUGCCACAUGGGUUCAAACUCCUGUGAGAUGAUUUGAGCCAUAUGCAGCCUGUGUUGUCUUCCUGGUGAGGGAAAAUGGAAAUGUGCCAUUAAAUCUCCUUCCUCAUACCUAUUUUUCUAUUAGAUGAUAAUAUUUUACAUUUUAUAUGCUCAAAGGAUUGAUAGGAUACCUUAUUUUAAUUGUUUUUUUAGGAAACUUCUUUUAAUGUAACAGUACAGUACUUAUGAAUAAUUCUAGAUAUACAGUACUGUUCUAUACAUGAACCAUACAGUACAUUGCAAGUAAAGUGCACUAUACCGACACUGCCUAGUGAUAUAACAGAUAAAGAUGACAAAUUACAUUAUUGUAUGUUGGUAAGAUCAGGAGACAAGUUGUACAUCAUGUAAGAGUGUGAUUUAUAGUACUGUAAGGUAAUGUAAUGCAAAAUUUUAUCUACAAAGAACAUUGGACUACUCUGUCAACUAUCAGAUAAUCGCAAUUGUUUUCACAGUAAAUGUUUUAGUAAACUAUAUUGUCUGUGGUUUAAUUUAUAUAUAAGAAUAAAUCUUGACAUAGCAAAGAAAGAAAAUUUAACCUAAACCAGGAAAGAAAAUCUCCAGUUUUCUGACAACCAGUUUUGAGGGCCUGUACCUGGACAGUACAGUACAGUAUUACAAUAAGGAAUUAUCACUGUACAGUAAUUACCCCGACUUAAAAAAAAAAGCUUCUUCUUUACAAUCAACAAAUACUGUACUGUACUCCUAUGGACCUUCCAUCACGAUAAAAUUUAUAAACAGGCCUGACCCUCUGCUACUCCUUGCCAUGGUGUGAAAUCUCAACCGCUAGUGGUCUUUCAAUGCAAAUACUGUAGCAUCAUUUACAAUAUCACCCGCCGGGACUCUUUCGAUGCAGUUAUGUCAGUAAGAGGAAAGAUUUCUCCAUUUUAGUGAACAUUGAGUUGAGUGCUCCAGAUGUAAAAUGCACCCUUAGUGAUGCAACUGUCAACCCACAAGGCUAUUGGGAGGAGCUUAGAGGGUUUCUAGGGCAGGUACACCAUUCUUGCAUUUCUACUUAUGGGAGGGGUGUGCUCAGAGUGGGAACAACUGAGCCGGAGGGGUCAUGGCAGUGUGAGAGUGCUUAGCGACACAAUCUGUAACAAAAUACUGUAAUAGGAUUUAAAUCGGUUAAUCUUUUGAACUAUUGGUUCUUGAAAAAAGUUGCUGUGAAGUCCUCAGUUUAAGGAAAAGACAAGGUUUUAGUUAAUGACAGAGGCAGUUUUAUGGUCUUAGGUAUUUGUUUUAUGUUAGCAAAAGUCAUAUUACAGAGAACUAGAUUUUUAUCUUUAACGUUGAUAUAAUGUAUAGAAAAAGUAUGGAGUAGAAAUUGUUUUGCAUAUAAAGUAUGGUUUAUGGUCCUGUGCUUGUACAGAGAAUAUCUACCAAGAGCUUCUGUCUAUAUUAUUGUUAUGUUUUCAAAGUGGUUUAUACUGUAGUAUUUAUAAGGUGAAAUGAGUUUGAGGUUAUUUUUUUCAGAGUACUGUAAAUGUUUUAUUUAUGUAAGGAAAGCUUUAUCUAAAUGUAAAUGUGAAAGAUAUAUUUAAAGAUACUGUACAUGUAUAUGUAAAUGGUAUCUGAAUAUAUAUAUUGAUGUGGAAAGUACUGUAGGUAGUAAAAGUUAAACUGUAAAUGUGUGCACAUGUAUAGAGAUUCAAUUUGUAUGUCAUUAAUUUAUUAUGGAGAUUUUAUUAUAAUACCUGUAUUGUAUUAAUAUAUGCAGACACAUCCUAAAUCAUGAAUGGAUUACUCACAGGAUCGGCUCUAUCUACUUAUGGCUCAUGGACAGAGGUACAGGUUGUACCUCUCUAGUCUGGCAUUCUGUGGUCCGGAAACUCCCGUGGUCUGGAACGAUUUUAGUUUGUCCAAUAGGUAGAAA